AUGGGGGCACGCGAGCUGCCGUCGUCACUGCUCGUGGCGGCGGCGUUCGCCGUGGCCACGCUGAUGAUGACGGUGGCCGCCGCGGCGGCCGUCGCCGUGGAGGACGCGGCGACGGACAACAUCCAGCCGCUGUCGACGCUGAAGAUGCAGGCCGCGCGGGUCGCGAUGGACUCCGGCGCCGCCAUCCACGCCUCGCCCGACGUGCUCGGCCAGAACGGGGAGGAUUCCGCAUGGGUGACCGUCAACUUCACAGCGCCGGCGCCGUCCGCGGGCCACUGGGUCGCGCUCUUCUCGCCUGCCGAUUUCGGUUUGAGCGUCGGAGGCGGCGGCGCAAGCACCAAUGCAGCAGCAGGGCAAGAUGGGCCAGCGGCAGGGUUACCCACGGCGCCCAUUAAGUACAUGUUUGCCAAUAUCUCGCCGAAUUUCAUGAGCUCCGGCAGCGGCAACAUGAGCUUCCUGGUGAUCAACCAGCGGUCCGACUACGCCUUCGGGCUGUUUUCCGGUGGCAAGGACAAUAUGGCUGUAACUUGGACGAGUGGGUACAACAUCAAUGAAGCAUAUCCCUUUGUGGAGUGGAGAAUGAAGGGAGAGGAGAGCUCCAAACGAACACCAGCCGGCACCCUCACCUGCACGCGGAGGCAUCUGUGCGGGAUGGCGGCGGCGGGGCGCUGAUACAGAGACCCCGGUUUCAUCCACACAGCCAUCUUGAAAGACUUGUGGCCCAACAGAGAGUAUUUCUACCAAAUUGGGCACGAGCUGCCAGACGGAACCGUGGUGCGGGGCAAGUCAUCGACCUUCCGUGCAUCGCCUUUCCCUGGCCAGGACUCGCUCCAGCGGGUUGUGGUCUUCGGCGACAUGGGUCUCGGGCAACGAGAUGGAACAAACGAGCUCGCCGGCUUCCAGCCCGGAGCGCAGGUGACCCACGGACCGGCUGAUCAAGGAGCUGCCCAACUAUACGACGCCGUGUUCCACAUCGGUGACCUCUCCUACGCCAACGGUUUCCUCGCGCAGUGGGACCAGUUCACCGCGCGGAUCGAGCACAUCGCCUCCAAGGUGCCGUACAUGGUGGCAAGUGGCAAGCAUGAGAGGACUUACCACGACACCGGGGGAUUCUACGGCAACGACUCCCGCGGCGAGUGCGGGGUGCCGGCGGAGACCUACUUCUACGUCCCCGCCGAGAACCGCGACAAGUUAUGGUACGCGGCGGACUACGGCAUGUUCCGGUUCUGCGUCCUGGACCGGUGCUUCGCGUCGGCCAACCGGAAGCACCAGCCGUGGCUGGUGUUCGCGGCGCACCACCCGCUGGGCUACUCCUCCAACGGCUACUACGCCACGGAGGGCUCCUUCUCGGAGCCCAUGGGGCACGCCCUGCAGGGCCUGUGGCAGAAGCACCGCGUCGACCUCGCUAUCUACGGCCACGUCCACAACUACGAGCGCACCUGCCUGGUGUACGAGAACACGUGCAUGGACGGGGAGAAGGAUAAUGGCAGCUACUCCGGCACGAUGGGCGGGACGAUCCACGUCGUGGCCGGCACCGGUGGCGCCAAGCUCCGGGACUGCUCGGCCGGGCCGCGGCCCGAGGAGCGUGGUCCGGGACAAGAGCUUCGGUACGUGAAGCUCAUGGCCAGCGACCACUCGUCGCUGCGGGUGGAGUUCAUCCACAGCAACGACGGCGCCGCGCACGACGCGUUCAACAUCACCAGGGACUAUAAGGAUGUCCUGGCGUGCACAGUCGACAGCUGCGCGCCCCACACCAUGGGCAACUGA